AUGGACAUUGGCGACCUUUAUCGAGGCUCCCCUCAAGGACCCGUUCCCCGCCGUCGCGACCCAUACGACCUUGGUGCUCCUCCCGUCCCCCCAAACAUUGGUCGCAUGGACAGCCGCAACAACGCCACGCCCCCGCCGGGCUCAUAUCCGCCCACCUACCCUCCCUCGACUGGCGGACAUGAGAACCCCUUCCAGCACCCCAGCGAUAACGUCGGUGACUGGGGUUCACCGCCCCCAGUCCCCCCUCCUCCCCAGCCAUACGCCCAGUUAGGCCGCACGGAGAGCAACCAGAGCUACUCGACGCCCUACAUGCCCGACCCCCGGCUCGCGUCGCCACCUCAGUUGUUCCCAGCGUCGAGCUCGGCGCCCAGUUUCUCCCAGUCGGGCCACUACGGCCAUCCUCUCGAGGAUGACACGAACGACGCGCAGCCGCUACUUAACAGCCACUCGCGGCCGAACCCCAUCAUCAAUGCGCAUUCCACUCCAUUUCCAUCCCAUGCCCCUUACGACCCGCCCAUGCCGCCCGAUGGAGGUGGACGCGUGCACUUUGACCAGCCCUACGGCGACCACGGGUGGAACGAGCAAGAGCGCAACAACCUGCACUACGGUCCGCCGCCGGCGCGCGUGCUCCGCCGUAACCGUACGCAGAAGCGUGUCCAGCUGUUCCGUGGCAAUCUCGUCCUCGACGCCGACAUCCCGUCCAAGCUUUUGGAUAUGUGCAACAUCAAAGAAGGCAACGAGUUCACCAAGAUGCGCUACUCGGCGGUAACGUGCCAAGCAGACGACUUUGUCAAAGAGAAGUACUCGCUUCGUCAAACUCUGUACGAACGGGAGCGCAAGGUCGAGCUCUUCAUCGUCGUCACAAUGUACAACGAAGAAGACGACCUGUUCUGCCGGACCAUGCGCGGUAUCAUGCAGAACGUUGCAUACCUGUGCACCAAGAGUAAGGACUCUGCGACGUGGUCCAAGGACGGUUGGAAGAAGGUCGUUGUCUGCAUCGUGUCAGACGGGCGCCUGAACAUCAACAAGCGUACACAGUCGGUUCUCGCGGCGCUCGGCGUGUACCAGGACGGCGUCGCCAAGAACGUUGUCAACAACAAGCCCGUCGUAGCGCACCUCUACGAGUACACUACGCAGUGUUGGAUCGACAAGAAUCUCCAGGUCGUUCCCGGCCGCGACAAGGCUUUCCCCGUGCAGUUAAUCUUCUGUCUCAAGGAGAAGAACGCGAAGAAGAUCAACUCGCAUCGCUGGUUCUUCAACGCGUUCGGUGAACACUUGCAGCCCAACGUCUGUGUGCUGCUCGAUGCCGGUACCAUGCCCGGCGCCCAAUCGAUCUAUCACCUGUGGAAGGCAUUUGACAAUAACAGGUCGAUUGGCGGGGCGUGCGGUGAGAUUGUCGCGCUCAAAGGCAAGCUGGGCAGGAACCUCCUCAACCCACUCGUGGCGGCCCAGGACUUCGAGUACAAGAUGUCCAACAUCCUCGACAAGCCACUUGAGUCGGCGUUUGGUUACAUCACCGUGUUGCCCGGUGCAUUCUCGGCCUACCGCUACGAAGCGUUGCAGAAUGACAAAGAGGGGAACGGGCCGCUCGAGAAGUACUUCUACGGUGAGAAGAUGCACGACACCAACGCUGGUAUCUUCAAGGCCAACAUGUACUUGGCCGAGGACCGUAUUCUCUGCUGGGAGCUUGUUUCGAAGCGGGGGGCUUCCUGGACGCUUCACUACGUCAAGUCAGCGUCCGCUAUUACCGACGUGCCAGACGAAGUGCCCGAGCUCGUGUCUCAGCGUCGCCGCUGGCUGAACGGUUCAUUCUUCGCCGCUGUACACUCGAUCGCUCACUUCCACUACAUCUACCGCUCCUCUCACUCCCCCAUGCGCAUGUUCUGGCUCCACGUCGAACUGCUCUACCAGGUCAUCGCCAACGUGUUUGGGUGGUUUGCCCUUGGCAACUACUACAUUGCCUUCAUUGUCCUGUCCAAGUCGAUGGAGUUCUCGGUCAAGUUGGCCCCCGGUGAGCCAGCGUUCGACGAGUAUGGCAACCGCAAAACGAACAAGAUCUUCUAUUGGAUCAACCAACCGCUACAAUACCUCUAUCUCGCGCUCCUGCUUCUCUGCUUCCUCCUCUCGCUCGGCAACCGUCCCGCUGGUUCCAAGAAGGGAUACACUAUCUCGAUGAUCGGCUUUGCCCUCAUAACGGUGUACAUGAUCUUCGCAGCUGUGUGGCUUACCGUUGCCGGUAUCAACCAGAUCACCAAGAACGGCGCGUCAGUUGGCGAGUUAGUGCAGGAUACGACCUUCCGCAACAUCGUCAUGUCGCUGCUAGCCACCUACGGUCUAUACGUCGUCGCGUCGCUCCUGGCAUUCGACCCGCGGCACAUGGUGACGUCGUUUGUCCAGUACCUUUUGCUGGCCCCGUCGUACAUUAACGUGCUCAAUGUUUAUGCGUUUUCGAACGUGCACGACGUGUCGUGGGGAACCAAGGGGUCGGACAAGGUCUCCGAGGACCUUGGUGUAGUCAAGUCGUCUGGCGACAGUGGCGAGGUCACAGUGGACGUGUUCUCAGAACAGAAGGAUCUGAACGCGAUCUAUGAGGCUGAGCUGGCUGUCCUCAGGACACCAGUACCGAAGCAGGUGAAGAAGUCAGGCUCCGAGCAGCAGCGGCAAGAGGACUAUUACAAGAACUUCCGCACCAACGUUCUGCUCUGGUGGACCCUUUCCAACGCGGCGUUGGCCAUCGUCAUUUUGCGCGUCGGCGUCGAUGGACAGUUCAAGAUUGCGCAGACGUACAUGGCUGUGAUGCUGUACACGGUCGCCGGCCUUGCCUUCUUCCGCUUCUUAGGUUUAGUCGUGUAUCUCGUCGUGCGGCUGUUCAUGAUCUAG